AUGCCUGGUCCAGCCAUGAAGUGGGUGGCCAAGAAGACCGAGGGCGAAGACGAGCCCGCCAAGGGGAAGGACAGAAAGGAGGCCAAGGGAGCCUCGAAAUGGACAGCGAAGACGGAGGAGGAGCCGAAGGGCAAGGGUGAUCGAAAGGGCGAGGGGAAGCGGAAGGGAGGCAAGUCGGCCAGAGCAGAGGAGGAGGACUGGAGUUGGACCUGGACGGCCGACAGCUACUCCGACUGGUGGAGCUGGAACGACUGGGGCUGGGACACGAAGCCCAGCAAGGGAGAGGCAAAGGAGGGCAAGGGUAAGGAGAAGGGCAAGUCCAAAGACUCUGGGAAGAAGGGCAAAGGAGACUUCAAAGACAAAGACGACGGCGACGAGAGGAGCAAGGGUAAAGGAAAGGGAAAGUCCGAG